GAGGCAGGGGUUCCAAUCAGGCUGAGCGGAACUCAGGGCAGCACGUGUGAAGAGGCUGAGGAACUGCUUCCGGGAAUACCGGUUGUUAAAGCACAAGGGAAAGAUGAAGAGAAAGAGUCCUGAAACUGAUCUACAUGCUGCUGAACAGCAGGAUUUAGAAAAAAUCCAAGAUGCUGGAAACAAUAGUGAUGACGGGGAGAAAGAUGAAGAGAUUGAAAAACCUGGAAAAAGAAGGAAUGUCAUGAAAAAAAAGCAAACAACAGAUGCUGGAGUAAUAGGAGCUGUUAAACUAAGUAAAAGAGAGCUGUAUAAGCCACCAACUAAUGAAGAACUCAAUCAGCUGAAAGAAACGGAGAAUCUUUUUCAUUCCACUCUGCUUAGAAUGCAGAUUGAGGAACUCCUAAAAGAAGUGAAAUUGAAAGAGAAAAAGCGCAAAGCUAUUGACACCUUCCUCCAUGAAGUGAAGAAUUUCCUCAGCAACAUACCAGAAACAAAGCAAGUCGAUGUUACCGACCAAUCUUGGCUUCCAAAAGGUGUGAAAGUUCCAUUUCUUCAAAUGCCAUACAAUAUCAAAGGGAAGUUCCACUUUCUACCUCCUGCCUCUGUAAAAGUUAUUGGAAGUUAUUUACUUGGUACUUCCAUUAAGCCAGAGAUCAAUGUGGAUGUUGCUGUUACAAUGCCAGCAGAAAUCCUCCAAGUGAAGGACAACCUUAACCAGCGAUACCUCAGGAAGCGUGCUCUCUACCUGGCUCAUAUUGCCUAUCAUUUGUCGAAGAACAAGCUCUUUGGAUGUGUGAAGUUUGGUUACUUCAGUAGCAACCACUUGAAACCAAUCUUGUAUCUUUCUCCACAAGGUAAAGAUGAGAAACUGGUAACUGUAAGACUUCAUCCUUGUGCUCCUGCUUCUUUCUUCAAGUUGAGUCGUUUUCAUCCAAGCAAAAACAACGUUCGUGUAUCCUGGUUUCUGGAGCAAGAAUCUGCCCAGGGAGAAAAGGACGAGCCUCCAACGCCUCACUAUAAUAACACCAUACUAAUUGAUCUGGUGAUGGAAAAACAUCUUCAUUUCCUCUUCAAUGCUGCCACUGAUUUCCCAGGAAUGAAAGAUGGAAUUGGAAUUCUUAAAGUGUGGCUCCACCAGAGGGAAUUGAGCAGGGGUUAUGGCUGUUUCAGUGGAUUUCUUGCUUCAAUGUUGGUGGCAUAUUUGCUUUCUAAGCGUAAACUGAACAAAAUGAUGAGUGGGUACCAGGUGCUGCGUAAUGUCCUUCAGUUCUUGGCUGUAACGGAUCUCACUCAAAAUGGCAUCAGUCUUUGCCAAGACACUGACGACUCGGUGCCAUCACUUCAAGACUUUCACGAGGCCUUUGAAGUAGUAUUUGUCGAUCCCUCAGGAUUUGUAAACCUCUGUGCUGAGAUGACUAUAAGCAAAUACAAACAGAUCCAAUAUGAAGCACAGAAGUCAAUGGAAAUUCUUGACAACAAGACCGUGGAUGGAUUUGAAGUACUUUUGAUGACCCGAAAGCCUCUUCUUCAAACAUUUGACCAUGUCUUCCAUCUGAAGAACCUUGUCAAGCUGCAGGAAGGCUGUAAAAAGAUGAAACUUCUCAAUGACUUGAUUGAUCAUGGAGGUAAUUAUAUUGUGACAAUCUUACCUCACCUUCUGUCACUACUAACCCGUGGACUGGGACAGCGGAUUCACCUUCUUACUCACUCUCUUCUUCAAACAUCUGAAUGGCCAAUAAAUGCAGAUCCUCCAAAACACAAGGACAGCAGAUGUUUGUCAUUUGGUGUUUUAUUGAACCCUGCGUUUUCUGCAAAUGUUUUGGAAAAAGGACCUCUGGCUGAUAGUCCUGAGGCAGCAGAAUUCAGGGACUUCUGGGGUGAGAAUUCUGAGCUGAGACGUUUUCAGGAUGGGUCUAUUUGCGAGGCUGUCCUUUGGCAGGGUGACAACAUGUGUGACUGUCGUCUUAUCCCUGGACAAAUUAUUAAACAUCUUCUUCAACUACAUGUGGAUCUACCAAAAUCAUCGUUGUGCUAUGUUGGAGGCUUACUGGACUCUGUCAUCGAGGUAGAAAAAGGGCAUGCAGGGUCCGAGGAGAAGACCAUCAGUGUUGUGCAGUCAUAUGAUGACCUGAGUCGGAAACUUUGGAACCUCAGUGGACUUCCCCUGAAUGUCACAUCAGUGCAAGGGAUUCACCCUGUGUUCCGAUUCACAGAAGUUUUUCCACCAGUGCCAGUGAAACCAGAUUUCUCUUUUUAUGUGAAGGUUAAGAACACCAAAUGCCUGCUUCCUUCAAGUGACAAACCAUGCUCUGUAUAUGUCCCAGCAUUGAAAGUAAUCUGUCACAUGGAAGGAAGUGGGAAAUGGCCCCAAAACAAAGAUGCUAUUCAACGUGUCAAAGCAGCAUUUCACAUACGAUUGGCUGACCUCCUGCACCAACAGCAUCAACUCACUUCCCAGCCUUCAACCACUCACGUGGAUGUGUAUAAGGAUGGUUAUGUUUUUCGAGUUCAAGUAGGAUAUCAUAGAGAACCUCUGAUUCUGAAGGAAAUCCAGACACCAGAUGGCACGCUAAAGUACCGGGACACUGAAGAGUCCUUGCAGCUAGAAUUGGAAACCAUCCAUUUACCUUAUCUAACAAGCACGUUGCAUGGGCUUCAGCAGCAGCAUUCUGCCUACAGUGGAACAUGUCGACUUGCUAAGCGCUGGGUCAGCGCUCAGUUACUCAGUAAUCAUAUUGGUGAAGAGAGUAUUGAUCUGCUUGCAGCCUACCUCUUUACACAGCCUGCACCUUAUUCACCCCCUGCUUCUCCGCAAACAGGCUUCUUUCGCUUUCUGAAUUUGCUAUCUACGUUUGAUUGGAAGAAUAACCCACUAAUUGUGAAUCUGAAUGGUGACAUAAAAGAAACUGAAUAUGCUGAGAUUAAGAAUGACUUUGUGGCUACAAGGACUCAGCAUCCUGUUAUGUUUAUUGCUACACCCAAUGACAGAAAGAAUUCAAUAUGGACGAAAGGACGACCAUCUGCUCCAAUUCUUCAUCGAUUGGCAGAGCUUGCAAGCCAAUCAUUGCGAACACUAGAAAGACAACUGAUGGAUCCAUUGGAUAACCACGAUCUGAAGAUGGUAUUCCGACCACCUUUAGACAUUUAUGAUGUAAUCAUUCACCUGAAUCCCAGACACAUUCCAAGAUAUAGCGAAGCAGUUGACAGGCCGAAAGUAACGUACAGCAGAGGGACGUUAAGGGAUGAUGCGGCAGUCAAAUUUUUUAAAAUGCCAGUGGUGGACCAUGAUCCAGUACAGUAUUAUCUUCAUGAACUGAGGAGCGCUUUUGGAGAGUUUGCACUGUUUUUCUAUGAUACCCAUGGCGGAAGUUUGAUUGCUGUGCUUUGGAAGCCUCAGGCUUUUACACCUCAGCCUUUUAAGGAUGCUGCUUAUAUCUGGACUAGCGACUAUUAUUUCAGCUAACCUCAAAGUUGGGUGUGAGGAAUCCUCUUUCAAUUCAAGUAAAGCAAACUUCUGCCUUGAUGCUGGAAGUCUGAAAUGAAAACAGAAAGCUCUGGAACCAGAUAGCAGAGAAGUCAGGGUCUGUUGCCUGUUUUCUCUACAGACCCUUUUAUUUUCAAGUAUUGAUAUGUCUGUCAACCUUUUGUAUCUAAUUCUGAAGAAGGGCUGACACCUGAAAUGUUAACAUCCUUUCCAUGGAGGCUGAUCAAUGUCCAGCAUUAUUCCUUUUGUUCCACUGCUAUUUUAUUCCAUCUAAAACCUAGUGAUAGC